CGGAGCUAGAAGGCAAACUGCUGCAGCUACAGUACCUACCACUUCAUUAGCUUAAAUCCUGCUUCAAGCCUAGACGCGCUGAGCUGGGGGAGCGAAAGUCACGGCUGUUUGAAUACCAGAGAAACUAAACCUUUAUUUCCUAUGAGGCGUUCAAUGAAAUAAAUACUUAGGUCAACAAGAUCUGCUUUCUCUCCUCCCCGUUGCAACUCCAGAAACCAGUGACGAUUGGAGUGGACACGCAUGUUUGUUGCUGAUGAUAUUUGUCUUUCUCUGAGGAUUACAGAGAAAAUGCGGGACUCUUCGUGACGUUUUCAAGUUAAGGCGGAAUCAAAGUACCAUGGCUAAGCAUUCCGAUCUGGACAGCGCGGCCGAGAGGGAACUGGAUCUGCUCACGUGGAGGAUAAGCAUAGCUGUCUUCCUGAUCUGCUGUGGCGCCCAGAGGGGAGCAGGCCAGUCACAAAGUGCUUACUUCCUUCCAGAAUUUGCACUGUCUCCGCAGGGGAGCUUUCUUGAAGACACCACAGGGGAGCAGUUUCUGACAUAUCGUUACGACGAUCAGACGUCCAGGAUCACCCGCUCGGACGAGGAACGGGACACGGGCUGGGACGCGUGGGGAUCCUGGAGCGACUGCUCUCGAACCUGUGGCGGCGGAGCAUCCUACUCACUGCGGAGAUGUCUGAAUGGCGGGAGCUGUGAAGGUAAAAAUAUCAGGUACAGAACAUGCAGCAACAUGGAAUGCCCAGAAGAGUCUGGAGACUUCAGGGCUCAGCAGUGCUCCGCACAUAAUGAUAUAAAAUACCAGGGCAGUACAUAUGAGUGGAUCCCAGUGUCCAAUGACCCCACUUCCCCUUGUGCCCUGAAGUGCCAAGCCAAAGGGAAGAACUUCGUGGUGGAGUUGGCGCCCAAAGUGCUGGAUGGCACGCGCUGCAAAACCGACUCCCUGGAUAUGUGCAUCAAUGGCGUCUGCCAGGCGGUGGGAUGUGACCGGCAACUCGGGAGCAACGCCAAGGAAGACAACUGCGGUGUCUGCGCAGGAGACGGCUCGACGUGCCGGCUCGUCAGGGGACAGACCAUGUCGCACGUCUCUCCGGAAGAAUUGAUAAAAACUGUGAUUGAAGUUCCACUUGGGAGCCGCAAUAUGAGAAUUACAGCAAAAGGACCUGAUUAUCUCAUCAUUGAGUCUCAGACACUUCAGGGAAGAAAGGAGGAGCACAACUUCACCACUUCAGGAACAUACGUCAUAGAGAACACAACAGUGGAGGUCCAGAAAAGCCAGGACAGGCAGACUAUCAGGGCUCACGGGCCCCUGGGAGCUGACUUUAUAAUAAAGGUGAAGUAUGCUGCCCCCCGGGACACACUGGUACAGUUUCUGUUCUAUCAGCCCAUCAGCUAUCAGUGGAGGGAGACGGACUUCUUCCCUUGCACUGUCACUUGUGGAGGAGGUUAUCAGCUGAAUUCGGCAGAGUGCACUGACAUUCGCUCAAACCGUGUGCUGCCAGACCACCACUGCCGCAUCUACCCUGAGAACAAGAAGCCCAAACCCAAGCUGAAGGAGUGUAAUAUGGACCCCUGCCCAGCAAGUGAUGGCUUCAAGGAGAUCAUGCCUUAUGACCACUUUCAGCCUCUGCCCCGCUGGGAACACAACCCCUGGACAGCGUGCUCGGUGUCGUGCGGAGGGGGCCACCAGGAGAGGAGCGUGGUGUGUGUUGAGGAAUCCAUGCACGGCCAGAUAUCCCAGGUGGAAGAGUGGAAGUGCACGUACUCGCCCAGACCCUCACUGAGGCAGACCUGCAACGUGUUUGACUGCCCCAAGUGGGUGGCUAUGGAAUGGUCCCAGUGCACUGUUACCUGUGGCCGCGGCUUGCGUUACAGAGUGGUUCUGUGUAUUGAUCACCGCGGACAGCACACAGGAGGCUGUAACCCACAGCUCAAGCCCCAUAUCAAAGAAGACUGUGUGGUUCCUAUCGCAUGCUACAAACCCAGAGAAAAACUUCCUGUGGAAGCUAAACUGCCCUGGUUUAAACAAGCACAGGAACUGGAAGGACCCAGAGCUGCUUCAGAGGAGCCAACGUUCAUACCCGGAGAGUGGUCUCCCUGCAGCUCCACCUGCGGUCAUGGCCUCCAGACCCGGACAGUCAAGUGCCGAGUGCUGCUGUCUUUCUCGCAGACAGAGGUUGACCUGCCCGACGAGGAAUGUGAGGAGGACAGGCCCAUGUCCGAGAGGGGCUGUAACCUGGGACCCUGCAGUGGGGAUCGCACUGUGUUUGAGCCCACGUUCCCCCACUAUGACAGUGAGCAGCUGUACGACUGGGAGUAUGAUGGCUUCACGGCUUGCUCUGCCUCCUGUGCAAAGGGAAACCAAGAGGCUGUUGUAGUGUGUCUUAACAAGCAGAGAGGAGAGGUGGCAGCUGAUCACCUCUGUGACGACUCCAGCCGUCCUCCUCUAAUGGUCAGACUCUGCAACCUCGGACCGUGCCCCCCCAGAUGGGAGUUCACUGCAUGGACUCAGUGCUCAGCUACAUGUGGGGUAGGGAUCCAGACCAGGAAUGUGGACUGCUUGCAGGUGCUGUCACUGGACCCAGUGGAGACCAGCAGCGUUGCUGAGAGUGAGUGCCAGGACAUCAGGCCACCUGCGGUACAAGCGUGUAACCAGUUCGACUGCCCACCUUCCUGGUACACUGAGGAUUGGCAAGAGUGCUCUCACAGCUGUGGAGGGGGUACCCAGUCCCGCAAAGUUCACUGCAAACAGCUGCUGUCAGAUGGCCGCUUCCUCAAGCUCUCAGACGAGUUCUGUGUGGAACCCAAGCCUGCUGUUCACAUGUCCUGUGCUAGAGUGGACUGCCCUCUGGAGCUGAGUGCUGGAGAGUGGUCUAAGUGUUCUGUCAGCUGUGGAACUGGAGUCCAGCGGAGGGAGCUACUCUGUCGCAGGCUUACAGCCACAGGCCAGCAGGUCACGUUAAACAUGCCAGUGUGCAGCGGCCUCUCUGUUCCACCUCUCGUCAGAGCCUGUCGCAUGAACCCCUGCACCAAGCACAAGAAGGAAAUGAAACCCAAGCCGGCCCAGAAACGAGGCCCUCAGAUCCUCGGCCUUCAUCGUGUCUACAUACAGACCCGGCAGGAGAAACGCAUCCACUUCACCAUUGGGGGGCGGGCUUAUCUUCUCCCCAAGACCUCGGUGGUAAUCCGCUGCCCAGUUAGGAGGUUCCUGAAAACUCUCAUCAGGUGGGAGAAGGAUGGACAUGCCCUCUCCAAUGGCAAGCGUCUAGGAGUCACCAAGUCUGGCUCUCUGAAGAUCCACAGUCUGGAGGCUGGUGACAUAGGGGUUUACCGGUGUAUUGCUGGAGUGGCAAAAGAAACUUUCGUCCUGAAGCUGAUUGGGAAUGACAACCGGCUGAUAGAGCCUCCCAACAGGGGGACUGUGAAAAUGGAACACAACGGCGCAUCUGUGAAGGCGGACCAGAAUGAAGCCAGUCGCCUGGAGGAGAAAUGGAACAGAAUGACCAAGGUGUGGCAGAGUUGGAGUGAAAAGAAUGAAUUUUACCUGGAUGACAGCCAAGCCCAAGAGCGGGCUUUCCUUCAGGUUCUUGGUAAUUACUUGACACAUUCAGAGGGGUCCUACCACCCCCUGAUGCUUCCUGACCAACGCCUAGAGGAGGCAAUUCUUCAGGGUGCCUACAGUCUAGAUCCUGGGCAGUUUGAGGAGCUUGUGAGGAAUAUCAGUGAGCUUGCUAAGAACGGAGAGGUGACCGAUGACCUGGCCUCACAGCUCAUAUACAAGUUCAUGGCUGAAGUGUCCAGACCUCAGUCCAGUACUGAGAAGUGGAAAGGACCUGUGGAAGAGAACACUUCCAAAACUAAGCUUGUUGACAAGACACCUAAUUCAUCAGAGCGCGUCCAUGACAAAGACACAGACUCACAGUUAAUAAAGCAGAAAAAGCCCAACAUUAUCAGGCAAAAACAGAAUCCUUUAAUGACAUUCCAGAAGACUAUCAAUAUAAGCAUUGGUAGGGCUGCAUUUUUGACAAAUUCCACACAAAGUGUAUAUAUGCUGUGUUCAGCUCUUGGAAUACCGGAACCAAAGAUUUCUUGGACAAAGGAUGGAGCACCAUUGCAUUUUUCAGAGAGGGUGUCGUGGGACGGCAGUGGACGUUUACACAUAUCAGACCCUGGAGUGCAGGACAGUGGAGUAUAUCGGUGUGCAGCCACAAAUGAGUUGGGGUCAGAUACAGAAACCUCUGAGCUACUCUAUGCUGAGGCCCCUGCGAUCCAAGCCUCGGGAAAGAAUAUUUCAGACCUGGAGAACAAAAGAGUGACAGCUGUGGUCGGGGACAGAGUCAGUGUGAAUGCUGGAACUGAAGUCACUCUGGAGUGCCCAGUGACAGGUGUGCCACAACCAUCCAUAAACUGGCAUAAAAAUGAAGGAAUAUUGAAUGGGAAUGCUUUGCUCCUUCUGAAUGGCUCUUUAUUGCUUCAGAAUGUUUCAUUAGAAAAUUAUGGAACAUAUUCCUGUGUAGCAGUCAAUCCCCUUGGAAAAUCCAUUGCCUCCAGUUUCCUCCAUGUGUCUGGGCGCUCUGUUGAGAGAGGUAAGGGCCAGAGGAGAGUCCAGAUGGCUUCUCGUGUUGGAUCCAACAUUGCUGUGAAGCCUGGGGAACUUCUGCACAUAGGGUGUCCAGUUCUUCCAAAUCACAGAAGAGAUGUUUACUGGUUUUUCCAAAACCGGACGCUGAAGGAGUCCCCGAGGCUCCAGUACAGACUCCUGGCUGGGGGACGUGUCCUGGAGGUGAACACAAUUGCAGGAGUGUUUAAGGGCCAGUACAGAUGUCAGACCACUAUCAACUCCCAACAAAUUUCUGCUUGGGUCAACAUUAAUAAAGAAGAGUAUCAAUGGGGGCCUGGAGGAUUGGCUGAGUGCUCUUCUACCUGUGGAAAUCGGGGAACCCAGUCACGGCGUCUACUUUGUCUCAGUGCUGGUGGAAGGGAAGUCAACCAGUCAGCCUGCGAUCAUCUUCCAAGGCCGGCAGCCAGCACUCAGCCUUGUUACAUGCAAGACUGCCCUCCGAGCUGGGUGGCCACUGUGUGGUCUAAGUGCUCCGCUUCCUGUGGCAGAGGCUCAAGGCAUCGGCAAGUUUCCUGUCAGCAGGUGAUGGCCCAUGGGAAUGUGAGGAUUCUGCCAGCAUCAGCCUGCGUGAGAGAGGAACGGCUGACCGACAGUGAAGAGUGCCUGGCAGACUCGUGUGUUCAGUGGGUGGUGAAGUCAUGGGGUCAGUGCUCAGGCCGAUGUCUAGGCCCAGCCCUCACUGUGCAGCGGCGCACAGUGGUGUGUCAGCAUGAGAACGGUUCUGCUAUCCCAGAAUCCCACUGUGAUGCAAGAGAGAGGCCCGUCUCUGUGCAAACCUGUCCCUCAGAGAUGUGUAAUGUUCAGUGGAGGGCUGGGGCGUGGAGGCCCUGCACUGCGGCCUGUGGCAGUGGGUUCCAGUCCCGCAGAGUGGAGUGUGUUCAUAAGAAGAACAACAAAACCCUGGCAGACCAGCAUUGUGCCUGGCAGAAGCGUCCAAUCACUUGGCAGCACUGCAACGCAACUUCCUGUGGCAGAGGUGAAUGCAAAGAUACAACCCAUUACUGUGCUGUUGUAAAGCAACUCAAGUUAUGUCUCAUAGAUAUUUACAAGCAAAGAUGCUGUGAGUCUUGCCGGGAAGCAUAAGCCACCUGAGCUCAUCAGUGAUAGGGGAAUCUACAAAUGGACAAGGUGGAUCAGAAUGGUGCACAAAAACAUAAACUGCAGAAACGAAUGCAACUGAAAUCAUAGACGUACUGGACAAUUCAUGUUUUUUGAGGGGCAAACUAUUUCAAAUAAAGACUUCAAUAAUGUACUGGAAAAUCUCUACUGUUGCACAAAUGCUUCGACACUUCACUGCUUACUAAUGAAGAAUUCUUCAGCAGACCUGGGCAUCCAUUACUGGAAGCAGGACUUUAAUGAAGAAAAUUAAAGGCAAACACAGGACACCCUUCUGCUCUGGACACUUGUAUAACAUAUGGUUGCUGUGUACAGAUUUAAACUGACGGAUGUUUUCCAAGACUCAGCAUCUUUCUGUGCCACAGACAACAGUCUGAAGCAGGGUUGUUUUUUUAGUGUUUGGAAUACAUUUGUUCAGCACUUUAAAAAUGAAUAAUAUAGUGCAACUGACACAUACCAAGUAGUGAUUCUGAACUGUGCUGUAUGCUGCUGUAAUAGGUCUUGCCCGAUGAUUGCUCUGCAUUUUCUGAAAGGGAGAGUCAGCAGAUUAAGAAAAGUGCAAGACUCACUCUGUGGGUUAAAAUGUGAUUUGAGCUUAAAAUAAUGUGUGGUAUCUGAUGUGAAUGGUACACACUGAGAGGAACAGUCGCUUUAGAUGACGAACUGCAGUUUUUUCACUUCUGUAAGUUAUUUGUGAUUAUGAUUUAAGCACUUCACCUUAUAAUAUCUAUAACAGACAGUAGUUACUAAGUACAGUGUUGAAUAUUUUUAUGCUAUUUUAUUGCUAUGCUGUGUAUAUACUGUAUAAGUGAUUUGAGAGACAUAAUAAAAGGCCAUUAAUGUCUGUUAAGUUUUUAACCUAAAACAUUUUAAUCUACUCUGUUGUAAGCCAAUGUUGUUAAUGAGACUGAGAAUGAGAAUGUGAAGGCUCAGCUCUGAGGAUAUUCAUCAGUCCACACAAAAUGUUCCAUUACUUUUCCUCUCUUUUCAAUGUGUACUUAAAAUAAUGCAGACUUACUAAAUGUGUUAAUUAGUAGUAAAAGUGACCUGUGUGUACAGUUUUAUUUAAAAUAUGUAGUAUUCAGGACUUAGAAAUUAAGUGUAAAAUGUAUUAUUAAUGACCAUUCACCUGCGUGAAGGCAUGGUUGCCAUUGGUGUACUAAGGAUUGUGAUCUAAAGUUCUGAAUAAUAAGACAAUUACAUCUCACAUUUUAUAAAAUUGAUUAAAUCAUAACAGAAAAAAAAUCACUUAAUUUCAGAUCUCCAUACUAUUAUUGGGUAAAUGUAUUUUAGACUGAUUUCUAUUGUUAUUGAUGCAGUUGAUCACUUACAAUGCUUAAUAACAGUAUUUUGAAUAAAAAUGACAGAAUGAUAUUUGUAGCUAGUUGUGUCUAUAUAUAAGCAUGUCUGGAAAAGUUUUAAGAAGAUUUUAAGAAAGGUUCCCCUACAGUGAAGUGCAUUACAGUAUUUAAAUUUGUAUUAUGGGUAUCAAGGGAAGAGAUACUGUUUCAGUUGGCACUAUAGACACCCGUGGAAAACUUCUUCUGAAGAUUACCACAGCCCAACAUUUGUGCCUUUAGUUUCCUGAAUACUAUGAUGGGUCUGAUUUUGAUUCUGUGUUGUGUUUAGCUUUUUGUAAUUAAUGUAGUGCAUUGUAAAAUACUGCUUGUAUAUAUUAUUGUUUUAAAGUGCAAUAUUGUACAUUGAGUGUAGAUUUUUUUAACUUUAUUUUCUUACUACCAAAGUUACUGAUUUAAGUGUCUUUGUACCUUGUACUUAUUUGAAUAUUACCGCUCCAUUUAGCACUUGCUAACAUAUUUUAUUCUUGUGUUUUAUUAUCAUUGUCCUUCUGGUGCAUGUAAUGGGGACAUAUUAUUGCAAUCCUAUUCUUAAUGUUUGUUGACAAGAUAACAGAAGUCUCCUCUUUCACACAUCAAUGGUAUGCAUUUACUUAAACUCAACAUUCCCAUAUAGCUACUGAUAUUUCCUGUAGUGUGUGUCAAGUGCUAAACAGGUGUGACUUGUUACUUUAACACUACAUUUACAGAAAUUCAAUAAAACUGUUGGGACAACAAUAAA